AUGAGCGCGCAUGACCUUUUCAACGACAGGGAGAAAUUUCCGGUAGAAGAGUGGUGUGAUCGUCCAAGCUCGCAAUAUGAGUGCGCUAAUGGUGGUUGUUGUCAGCAUACACAGUCUUGCCAAUCUCUAUUCGUGUAUACUCCUGAACAGAUGAAGUUUGCUGCUGAAUUUGAUUCUGUUCCCGAUUUUUUGAAAGAAAGGUCCAAGCGGGAAGCGAUGGAGAAGCUUGAUGAUGAGGAUAGAUUGUCUGUGUACUCCGACUACAUUGAUAUUGAUCAACAUAUUGAUCAAUGUACAUACUACAUUAAUCAUCCUGCGUUCUCUAGCCGCCGACUUGCUGCCAGGUCCAACGACUACCUCACUCCACUAGACACUCCUUCACUUGAUGCCGUAACCGCAAAUGGUCGAAGCGACAAGGCAGCAGCCAGCAAUUUGACAUCUUCUGAUGACUACUUUGGCCAGUCAUCUGAAAACUUCGGUCUUGAGCCUCUUCUGGGUUCACUUGAGGAUAUCAAUUCUACAAAGACUUGCUCUCAAACUACCAAUGAGAAAAUAGAUUGGUAUUGGGAAAAUGUAUCGUCGGAAAGUGUAUAUAUUUCGUGGGAAAGUAUACACACCAUGAAAGAGGAGCUUGAUCCGGUAGAGGGGCAAUUCUAUGACUACUCGGUUUUGUUCUCUCCCUCAUUCUACGACUUUUUCAAUAGAUCGGCGUCUGAGGAGGCGUUUUUUGAUGUGGAUAAGUUGUCUGUGUACUGCGAUCGGGCACUAAUUGGAUCGGCGUCUACUGGCGAUUUGGGAACAAGCAUAUCUCAAGAGUCCAUCUACUGCCUCCCUUCCAAACGUAUACAGCUACGUAAACCCGCCUCUCCAAGUGUGUUCAAAGCCCUUCUCCAAGGUUCUAAUUCGGAUAUGGAGUCUUCUUCUGUCAGUCUGCUUAGUCCACUCGAAGCGCGAGAAAAAGUGAGGAAGUUGGCAUUGCAAGCCAACAAUGUGGAUGACUUCUUCGAAUUGAUUCCAGACGAUUUGCUCGACAACUUCUUCUCCGACUACAAAAUGUUGGUGCGACAUAAAAUGUUGGAAGAGCAAUGUGAUAAUAUUAGGGAAGGACUGACGAAACAGCCCAAAAAAGCUGAUGAUUGA